AUGUCCGACACACGCGAGGCAAAUCCCACCGCGAUGGAUACCGCUGAAUCUGGCUCGUCACAAUUCCAUCUCCAAAAAGAGAGACAAUCUGCCUAUCACGAUGAACAUGGCGCCGUGGCAUCUCUCCCCCAACGGGAAGCCCACAUCCAUACUGUUUCACAGGUGCCCCUGCCUCCAUACCAGAAACUCGCCAAUCCUGGCCCCUUGGGGCUUUUAGCUUUCGCAUUGACGACGUUCGUCCUUGGCCUCUAUGAGUGCGGCGCAGGGCUGCCUCAUUCAAACCCUCAAGCCGGGGUUGGGCCUAACCAGGCUGCCUUCGGACUAGCCAUUUUCUUUGGUGGCGGUGCCCAGUUUGUCGCCGGCAUCUUCGAGUUCCGCGUUGGAAACACCUUUGGUUGCACCGUCCAUUGUUCCUACUCUGCCUUCUGGCUCAGCUACGCAAUGUUUCUCAUCCCAUCUCUGGAUAUAAAAGGGCAGUAUAACGGGGACGAACGGGCAUACACUUUUGCGCUCGGCAUCUACUUGAUAUUGUGGUGCUUCCUGACCGUACUCUUCCUUCUUGCGGCCUUGAGAACGAACCUGUCUAUCAUUCUUGUUUUCUUCUUCCUGAUCAUCGCAUAUCUGCUGUUGAGCAUUGCCAACUUCAUUGCAACCUCCCACCCUGAGCAAAGCGUGAAGGUAAACAAAGCCGGUGGUGCCUUCACCGUCAUUUGCGCAUUUGUUGCCUUCUAUGCUGGUUCAUCUGGCCUGAUGGUGCCAGAGACGACGUGGGUUCGGUUCCCUCUCGGCGAGAUCCCAUAA